CUCCCCAAUCUCAGCUCCAGCUGAUCACUGUUGUGCUGGCCGUAUGAUAUAAGGCUUCGGGAAAGCGCGAUCGAGAUCCAUUCCCACAAUAUCUGCCAAUCUGCCAAUCUGCCUGCCUAGCCUAGCCCAGCCCGCCCUCUUUCCUUCUUGCCUGCCUGCCUGUCAUUCUCUUGGAUCUAAAUAGUUUGAUCUCUGUGCAGCGUUCAAUUGCAUCUCAAAUCAUCGAUUCACGCUUAUCUCAUUGCGUAUCCGGGGCACUUUGUCUAAAAUGCCCAAGUUCGAGUUCGAUCAAGAGUUGCAUGUGUCAGUAGAGGGACUAUGGGCAGCGUUGAAGGACAGCAAUAGACUUUUCCCACAAAUUGCCCCGAAUUUCAUCGCCAGUAUCGACCAUGUUGCCGGCGUUGAAGGACAACCGGGUGCAGUGAGGCUGAUCAAGUUUGGACCCGUUUCUCCCAAGGGCACUUACGUCAAGGAGAAGACGGUCAGCAUCGAUGCUGCCAACUACACCAUUACCACGGCAGAGAUCGAAGGAGGCCAUCUCGCGCAGGGGUUUCGCAAGUGGUGGCCGACCAUGACUCUGACUACGGUGGGGGACAAGGUGCUGGUGGAGUGGACGGUCUCAUACGAAGGAGGUGAGGACGCCACCGAAGCCAUAAUCGAUCAAACGAAGGACGGGAUCCUGCAUCUGUUCGAGGUUUUGCAGGAGCACAUCGUGACCAGUGGAGAUUAUCCAGGACCUUGAAACUCUGGGCUCAUGGAAGGUUCUGAACUCUGUCUGACUGGUUCUCCGUCGGUCUGUGCUCGAGUCCGUUUGUAAACAUCGUCCAGUCUGCGAAUUCGUCAAGCCUCUAGACGAGUGAUGAGCAGCUGGCCAGCUGGUCCCCGAGCACACGACGAUGAAUUUGGUUCUCUAGACCUUUUGACUAGAUUUUCUGCUCUAGAUCUGUUUAUACACUGAGCUCAUUCUGAACGCACACUGUCAGUUACAUUCAAUUGUCUCGCACUGCUGCUUUUCCGAGCACUUGUUGGGCCUGAUUUGUUCACUUGUUAUGUAAGAGGAGACGAUUCUAUCUCCACCUUUGGCUGUAAAUCUGCAUGCUUAUUUUU